GACUAAUGUCAUCUCACUGAUUGAUUGUGGUUUUGCGAUAGUAACUUACACUAAAACAUAAAUUGCUACAAAUGUGACCUCGAGAUUAAAUGCACUAAUUGCUGAUAAAUGUAUACACGAUUUAUUAAUUAACGAAGCGACCGUGACUAGCCACGACUGGCCGAGGACGGGCGCGGUGUGUGGUGGACAGUCCAGUGCGUAGCGCGAGGUCGGUGACCGUGGACGUGGACGAGUCGACAAAAUGUUGUCGCGCUACGUGGUGUCGCAAGUGAAGCACAACUCGUACUUCCUGGUGGGGCUGGCGCUGGGGCUGUGGCUGUCGCUGGCGCUGGUGCCUCUGGACGAGCCGACGGCCGCCGCCUGCGCGGCCGAGCUGGGCGCCGCGGCCGCGCCCGACGACUACGAGCCGCAGCGCGAGGAGCGGCCGCUGGGCGCGGGCGGGCGCGCCGCCGGCCGCGCCGUGCAGCGCCCGCGCUACUACAGCACCGAGCUCGGCAUGCGCGGAUCUCUACUCACCGGAGUGCUGAGCUCUGAAGAGGCUCUCAAGAGUCAGAUAGCCGCCCUGAACCGUACCACGGCGCGCCUACAGCCCGCUCUGAAGUUCUUCAUUACAGCCAGUGCCGUAAGCUCAGUACCCGGAAUGGCUAAUGUGGUAGGCUUCACUGACACCAGGGAAAUGCUGAAACCAUUUCAUGCUCUCAAGUAUUUAGCCGACAACUAUUUAGAAGAGUAUGACUUCUUCUUCCUAGUCUCUGAUACAGCGUAUGUGAAUGCCCAUCGCCUGACGGAGCUGGUGUCUCAGCUGAGUGUGAGUGAAGACAUCUACAUGGGCACUGUAGCAGAGGAUGACAGCCACUACUGCUCCCUGGACGCGGGCAUCCUGUUGUCGAACUCAGUGCUGCGCGCGGUGCACGGCCAGCUGGACUGGUGCGUGCGCAACUCGUACUCCGCGCACCACCACGAGAACAUCGGCCGCUGCGUGCUGCACGCCGCGCGCCGCGCCUGCGCAGACUGCGCCCAGGGCGCGCGCUACACGUCCGUGCGCGCGCCCGACGCCGCGCUGCCGCCGCUGACGGCCGCGCUGGCCGACGCCGUCACCGUCCGGCCCGUGGCGCGCGCCGCCGCGCUGUACGCGCUGCACGCCUACACGGCGCGGCGCCGCCUGCAGGCCGACCGCGCGGCCGCGCGCCGCCUGCGGGCCGGCCUGUGGCGCGGCGCGGCCCGCCACCCGCCGCACUACCGCAACGCCACGUGGCCGGCCGGCCUGCGCGCCGACCCCGGCCUCGCGCCGCCGCCGCCCGACUCCAGGUUUGACCACUUGCGCUGGGUGUCGUUCAACGCGACGCACGCGUUCUACCCCGACGACCACCACGAGGUCGCGCUCAUCACCGGCGCGCACCGCCAGGCGCUCGACCUAGUGCUGCGCGCGGCGCGGGGCUGGGCGGCUAAGCGCUGGGGCGGGGCCGAGCCCACGCUGUUGGAGGGGGCGUGGCUGUGGGAGCCGGCGCGCGCGCUGCGCUACCGCCUGGUGCUGCGGGAGGCGGCGGGGGCGGGGGCGGGGCCGCGCCUGCGCAUGCUGGAGGUGGCGCGGCCGCUGGGCGCGGCGCGGCUGCUGCCGGUGCGGUACGUCACGGAGUCCGCGCGCCUCACGCUGCUGGUGGCCGCGGCCCCCACCACGCCCCCCGCCGACCUGCGCGCCUUCCUCGCGCGGUACGAGGCCGUGUGCCUCACGCAGGACAAGAAUACCGCACUUAUACUGGUGAUAGUGGGCAACGCCAACGAGACCGCAGCGCUGGAGCCCAUUCGCGGCGAGGUGGAGGCGCUGCGCCAGCGACACUCGGGUGCUACCCUCACCGUGCUGGACGCGCCCGGCCCGCCCGGCUCCUCCCUUGCCGACCUGCCCGAGUACGACGCGCUGCUGGCGGCGGGAGGCGUGGCCUUGGAGGUCGCCGCCCCCCACACGUCGCGCGACGCCCUGCUGCUACUGCUGCCGCCGCACGCUGAGUUCAACCAGGACUUCCUCAACCGGGUCCGCAUGAACACGAUAUCGGGCGAGCAGUGGUACCUGCCGGCCGGGUUCGCGCGCCACUCGCUGUACGCGCACCCUCGCUUCCUGGCGCCGGCCGGCGGCAAGCCGCACGUCAACACCGGCCGCUUCAACCUGCGCGCCACGCUGGCGCUCGCCUUCUACCGCAGCGACUACGACGCGGCCGCCGCCGCCUGGCGCGGCGCGGCCCGCGCGCCCCCGGCCGCCGUGCUGGCGCGCGCCCCGCUGCGCGUGCUGCGCGCCCCCGAGCCCGCGCUCGUGCUGGCGCCGCGGCCCGCGCCGUGCGGGGCGGGGCCGGGCGCGGGGGCGGGGCCGGGAGCGGGGGCGGGGGGCGCGGCCAGUGCGUGCGCGCGGCGCCUGCGCUCGCAAGAGUUCGCGACGCUGGACGUGGGCGCGCGCCACUCGCUGGCGCAGUUACUGCUGGAGACGCAGGCGGAGCUCGACCAGUGA